AUGGCUCUGCAACAUUCCACCAAUACAUCUCCUCACGACAUAUCUUUUCCUGUGUUAAUUAUUCCUGGAUGGAAGAUAGAGGCAAUAGGAACGCCUCUUCAUUCACCAAGGUUCACCUUCAAUCUGAUGCACGAUGACGACAGAAUUAUACCCUUACAAGUGGACGUGCGCUUCAACGCUGCUGGUCGCAUAAACACUGUGGUUCGCAACUCCUUUACUGGUGGGCUUUGGGGCAAAGAGGACACUGACCAGCCAUCCUUUCCAUUCGCUCCAGAUCAACAAUUUAACCUGACUAUCCUAGUGACGGGUAAUGGAUUUGAACUGACCGUGGAUGGUCACUGGCAUGUAACAUGGAACCACAGUGUUAGCCCAUCAGAGAUCACCGCUAUCAGGUUCACUCAGGGCUGCAUUUACGAAUCAGUUAAACUGUUUUACUGA